ACUCGUGUGGAAGGAAACAGGUUUUUUUACACCAAAAUUUCCUCUCACAUUUUCCAUCGUCAACCUACUUUUUUCCUGGUGUAAAGCUUACUCAGUAUCCUACUUUUCGUUUUCUAGAAGAAUUAAACUGUAAUGAGAUGGGCAGGAAAGUGAUUGUUGUUAACUAGUUACCUCUUUUAAUUGGUGCAAUCUAAAUUCUAAUGACGCAAACCAAAACAUCAAAAAACGUAAACAUGGACGAAAACGGGGAAGGGAGUGUCGAGAAUCCGGUCAACAGAAACUUUUCGGACUCCGAAAUGAGGGAGUUUGAGCGUCAGGCCAAAGUCAAACUUCAUGAGAAACGGCUGAGAGAGCUUCUGGGUCCACUUGAGGGGUUCAUCAUGUCCGUUCAGAGCCUUCUCGUGUGGGAAAAGCCAGCUCGUAGUGCGGUCAUGUUGUUAUGUGUCAAUGGAUUGUUUUGGUUGACUGUCACUUCACACUACCGUGUUGUCUUCCUGGGAGCUGUUUCUUGCAUCCUUUUUGUUUCCAUGGAAACCAUACGGACAAAAGUGUGGCCAGAAAUAAGAGUCCAUCAGCCUGAUGAAGACGACGAAGGCUGGACCCCUGUCCAUCCACACUUGCUGAGUCUUCCGGAGCUGUGUGAUCACGUGGCCAAGCUGUGGGUUACCAUGGAAAGCCUGAAUACCAGAAUCUGGCAAUUGCGUAAAGAACAUCCCUCAAAGUUUUGCCUGUACGUGUGCAGCUUGUGCCUGGUGUUAGCAGCCAUUGGACAUCACUUCUCAGGAGUCUUCAUAUCCUACCUCAUUGUCACCAGCUUUCUGCUCUGGCCUGCCUUGGAGUACCAUAACAUUACAGGUCAUCUCUAUCAGCGCAUUGAGCCGAUACUACAACAGCUGGAUCAUAGCAUCGACAGUCCUCACCGGGAGAAGAAACUCAAAGCACAAAAGAAAUUGAGGACCAGAUCUCAUCCCACCGCUGACACCGACAGCAGCAGCGACAGUGACUUGGAUGAGUUCUGCCCCACACCAGGUCCUGCAGUUGAUGCAGCACUUGCCCACGCUGCAGCAGCUGGACGGCCGACACGUAGCAGUACUGGGACCUCAACUGGUCUGUUUGGUGGUCUGUCUAAAGGCGUAUCUCUAGAAUUCACUGAUGACGAAUUUACCGAUACUGAGCCGCCAAGCUACAUGGGUGGCCUGUCCCAAGUACCGUCCUUUGACAAUACCCUUGACCAGAGUGCCGAUGAACUGGAACUAGAGUUGCCUUAUGACGAUCACCCUCUGAUUCUCGGGAAAGCAGAGAAGGGAUUGGUACAUGCGACGGAGGCUCCAGGAACCUCAGAAGCAAUACGGUUUAACCCUUCGCACUUCCGCAAUUCUCUGGAUACGAAUGAUGAGGAGGGGGCUCUUGCGGAGGAUUUGGAGUUCCCCGAUGUAGAGGCAGAUGGGAAGUCGAGCGGGCGUAGCUCUCAAGAGCUGAGAGCAAAGGAUGAUGAGUCCCCAUUACUGCCACCCGGUGCUGCCAUGCUUCUCUCUCAAACUGUCACCUCUUUGAUGUCCGACGCUCUGACCAAGCUACAAGACAUGGGCUCCCAGGAUGACAACUCUUCGAUUUCAGAACCGUCUCAGGUGUCCCGUCAUCAGCAACGAUUGCAAACAACUGACACCGUCGCAGACAAGGAAGCGACAUCAUCACCAAAACUGCUGUCGAUGGACUCAGAUUCAACUGAUUUCGAGAUGCUAGACAGGGAGGAGCUUGAGCAGGCAGGAGGAGGGCGGGUGACUGGCGAUGAGAAGAAAGAUGACAUCCAACCAAGGAGAAGUGGUUACGGUAUUGGCUAUCUCACAUCUUGGCUUAGUGGGAAGAAAUAGAUAUCACUGCUGCAUUGUGCAAUUGGCUUUUUUCCCCUUUCUCUUUCUUCCCCUUCAAUUCCAAGUAUUGUAAUGUAUCGUCCAGAAGUACACUCCAUUUUAAACGUGGUUGAAGGGUUGUUUGGUGAACGUAAGAAACGCUGCUUUCACUUCACCACUAUUGUGUGUGAUGCCCCUCUUUCAUUGGUUCUUUUUGAGAUUGAAAUUGACAAAAUUGUCACAAAAAGGAAUGAAAUAUCAAAGAGGAAAGUGCUGCAUGUUGUCACAAAUAUCUCAAGGGAUAAGAGAGUUGGCAAUAAAAGUAGAAAUUAGAUCCUUUUUAUGUAAUGCACUUAAGCAGUUACGGCAAUUUGGAACCACCACCAAUGUAGUGCCAUGUAAUAAGUCUUAUUUGGUAUAAAAUGAAGUGUAACGAGUAGAAAUUUUCUACAUUUUAAGUUCUCAGAGUUAGUUUAACAUGUUUUUAAG